AUGGCGUCGCCCUCCCCCCAGGCCGCCCUGCCGGCCUCCUCGUCCCGCCACAGAUCCCAUGCCCCCCCCCAGGACCCCCCCAGCCCCGCCCACUCCGCAUCCCCCCGGCUGCCCCGCCGGGCGCAUCAAUCCGAUCCCGCGUCGGGGGGCCCGGGGGCGAGGCGAGGGCCCGGCAGGCGCGGCGCGGUGGUGGCCCAUGCGGGGUGCAGGCUGGUGGGCGUGGGCAGCUCCGUGCCGGAUGCCGUGCUGACGAACCAUGACCUCGAGGAGUUCAUCGACACGAGCGACGAGUGGAUCAGCAGGCGGACGGGCAUCCGGCAGCGGCACGUGAUGGGCGGCGCGGACAGCCUGGCGGGUCACGGCGCGGCCGCGGCGAGCAGGGCGCUGGAGAUGGCGGAGAUGGCGGGCGGCGAGCUGGACAUGGUGAUCCUGGCCACGUCCAGCCCGGACGACAUCUUCGGCAGCGCGUGCCAGGUCCAGGCAAGCAUCGGGGCUACAAAGGCUGUCGCAUUUGACAUCACGGCGGCAUGCUCAGGGUUCGUGGUGGGAAUGGUGACUGGGGCACAGUACAUCAGGACAGGGAUGUGCAAGCACGUGCUGGUGGUGGGCGCUGAUGCACUAUCACGGGUGUUGGACUGGAGAGACAGAUCGACCUGCAUCCUGUUUGGAGAUGGCUGCGGUGCUGUUGUCCUUUCCCCAAGCGACGAUGACAACUGCUCUCUGUUGGGCAUGGCUAUGGUCAGUGAUGGCACGGGGCAGAAGUCGCUCAACGCCGAGUUUCAAGCCUUUAACGGAAUCAAGGCGCGUGAUGGUGGAGCUUCCUCACCAGCAGCAUUCUCAAACAUUCAGAUGAAUGGCCAGGAGGUGUUCAAAUGGGCCGUGAGGGGAGUGCCAAAGAUAAUUGAGGAAGCCUUGGAGAAAGGAGGCUUGACAAGUGAAGACAUCGACUGGCUGGUGAUGCAUCAAGCCAACAUGAGAAUUCUGUCUGCAGCAGCAGAGAGACUGGGCCUACCACAGGAGAGGGUUGUUUCUAAUUUGCAAAAGUAUGGCAACACCUCGGCGGCAUCCAUUCCUCUGGCCCUUGACGAGGCGGUCAGGAAUUCGUCCAUUAAAUCAGGAGAUGUGAUCGCCAUGGCCGGAUUCGGUGCCGGGCUGACCAUGGCUGCUGCCAUCGUCAAGUGGGGCUGA